UGAAGUCCUAGGAGCACACGUUCACCUGGGGCCACCAGUGCAGUGACUGACAUACGGACUCAAUAAGGAGCUACAGCCACUGUUCAUAGUGUUGUUUUCAAGACAGAAUAAAGAUCUGACUGCAGAUGGCAUUUACGAGCACGGCCACCCAGAACUACUCAGCCAACCUGGAUUAUUAUACGGGUUCUAGUUCUGUGUUGCCUCCGUACGACAACCCGUUUAACCACACAGACAUCAUUUGUGAAAAAAGUCACGUCCGGCAGUUUGCUCAAACUUUCCUGCCAGCAUUUUUCUGGAUUGUAUUCUCCAUCGGCACAGUGGGUAAUGCCUUAGUCAUCCUCGUCUACUGCAAAUACAGAUACAGGAAGAGCAUCACUGACAGAUACCUGCUGCACCUGGCCAUUGCUGAUCUGCUCUUCGUUUUCACUCUCCCUUUCUGGGCAAUAGCAGCUUCACAUGGCUGGAUCUUUAAGAAUGUCAUGUGUAAAAUUUUCAAUAGCAUGUACAAGAUCAACUUCUACAGUUGUAUGUUAUUUCUAACAUGCAUUAGUUUUGACAGGUACAUUACAAUUGUCCAGGCCAUGAAAGCUAAGAACUCUAAGCGAAAAAGGCUUCUGCGCAGUAAACUAGUUUGCUUUGGUGUUUGGCUGAUUGCAAUAGGCUUAUGCAUCCCAGAAAUAGUAUACAGUGAAUCUAAGCAAGUUAGUAAUACAACUACAUGCAAGAUGGUAUACCCUACCACAGUGACCCGAACCAUCAAAGUUACUGUCCUAGCUUUGAAAAUCACAAUAGGAUUCCUCCUUCCUCUCUUUGUCAUGGUUACUUGUUAUGCUUUUAUAAUUCAUACCCUCCUUCAAGCCAAAAGAUCCCAAAAGCACAAAUCAUUAAAGAUCAUCAUCAUUAUUAUCACAGUUUUCCUCCUCUCCCAGUUGCCCUACAACAGCAUUUUGCUGGUCAAAACCAUCGAUGCCUACUCCAUGGUCAUAUCUGACUGCAAAACCUCUGACAACAUUGACCUCGGAUUCCAGAUAACUCAGAGCAUCGCCUUCCUUCACAGCUGCUUGAACCCCUUCCUCUAUGUGUUUGUUGGGGAAAGAUUCCGUAAAGCCCUCUUUACGGAAUUCUGCACUGAUAAGAGCCGAGAACAGAGCUCUUCCAUAUAUGAUAGCCAAGAAGGGAGCUCAAAAUGGUCUGCUUUGCUGGGGCUAUCAAAAAACAGGAGCUCUCUCACUUUGAUUAUGCCCCAAAAUACCUCACUCUCACCCAACUUCUGCCAAGCUCCUUUCAAAGUUAAUGGGAGUCUGGCCGGAGCAAGGAGUACUGAAUGCAGUGCUCUGUAA